CGAGAUCAUUCGCCAAUACCUCUCCAAGCGGAUAAUUACGGCUUCAGAUGUAUCCUAAUAUGCUAAAAAUGGUGCCAAGUACUGUAAAAAUAUGCUAAAAGUUGUACUACGCUUGCUUCACAAGUGCCCUACUUUUGUUUCGAGUAAUGGUCCAUCUUCAGAAACCUUGGUUCAGAGUAAUGGUCCAUCUUCAGAAACCUUGGUUCAGAGCAAUGGCCCAUCUUCAGAAACCUUGGUUCAGAGCAAUGGCCCAUCUUCAGAAACCUUGGUUCAGAGUAAUGGCCCAUCUUUAGAAGUACAUCUCGGAAGCCCAUCUUCUGAAGUCCAUCUUUUUGGAGGAACUGUUCUCCCCUAAUCCAUCUUCAGAAGUACAUCUUAGAAGAAUUGCCCUCCUACCAUUGAGGUCCUCUAAAAUGAAGGCGAGACCAGACAAAUUCACUUCUGACGCAAUCAAAGCCGCGCCGGAUGAAGACCCAAACGAGCUGAAAUUAUGA